CAUGGCAAAUACCUAAAAUUUUGGUGAAGAUUUUUGUUACCAUAAGUUAGCCAAUUUUAGUACGAAUAAGAAAAUGAACCAGAGAUGGUAGCGGGACACUGCUACUAGCAAAUUUUCUUUUUGACUCGUAUCCAAGCAAGGAACAAAGUUUUAGUGAUGACUAAAAUUUCGCUAGGGUAGACUUUGUCCAAACAUGGAAACGUACCCGUACCAAAACCAUCUCAGAACUGUUUUGAGAUGCUACCUCCUUCCGUCUGAAAAUCCUCUUCGCGGCGGACAGCGCAGACUUUCCCAACAACAAUAAAGUCUAGCCCCGAUGGCGCCGGCGAAGCCCUAAGCGAGCCGUCGUGUCCGCCGGACUGGCAAGCAGCUGCUGUGGGGAACGAUGGCUGACUGCGGGGCGGAGGCGGCGGAGGCAAAGACGUCGGUUUGGUGGGACAUUGACUGGUGCGCCGUCCCCACCGGCGGCUGCGACCCCCACCGCAUAGCGCACAACGUCAUCGCCGCGCUCGCCGCGGCAGGCCGCAAGGGCCCUGUAUCGUUCUUCGCCUACGGCGACUCCUCCCGUAUCGCCCCGGGUGUCCUGGAAGCCCUCUCCGCCACCGGCAUCCCCCUCAACCACGUCUCCGCCGGAGCUAAAGAUGGAGUUGACAAGAAGAUGUUGGUCGACAUGGUGUUCUGGGCAUAUGACAAUCCUCCUCCAGGCAAUUACUUGCUCAUCUCGGGCGAUCGAGACUUCUCUGAUCUCCUUCAUAGGCUUAUGAUGAAGAAGUACGAAAUCCUACUAGCGCAGCCUCAAAAUGCAUCAUCUCGAGCUCUUGUCACCGCAGCAAAGACUGUUUGGCUCUGGGAAAGCCUUGCCGCUGGGAAGCCUGAGUUGGCAGAAUCACCACAUUCACAUAAUGUGCCAGACUGCAACCGGAAUUCAAAUAAUGUGGAUGCAUCAAACUGCUCACAUAGUAAGGCUCGAGCCGUGCAUAGUAAGAGUGACAGUAAUCUGAAGGCAGGAGUGAAGCCGCUUCAAAAAUAUGUAAAGAAAUCAAACAUCACAUCAAGUUUUGCACCCAAUCAUGGUCAACUAGAGUCAGUUCUUGGAGUUUCCAAAGAUUCUACUGGAAGAACUGUUAGUGAGCUGGAACAGUCUUCUGUUUCAUCGUCAUCAAGUUCUGAAUCAAUUGAUGGAGCAAAGGUGGAUCAAUCAAGUCUGCUAGGCACUCCUACUUUGUCCCAAUUGUCAGCUCAGAAACCUGAAGUGCCAGCUCAUUUGCAUCCAAUGGAAAUAUCACAGGGGUUCAACCGUGGUGAGGAACCUAUCAAAUCAACUAAAUGCGCUCCAAGAAAUGGAACUCUUGAUGGCGUUAGUAAUGUGUACUAUCAUCAAAUGUAUCAGCAAUCAAAAUAUGAUAACAACGGAAAAGGGGGUAACGAAUGCAAGAUGAAGCCACUUCAAAAGUAUGUAAAGAAGACAAGCAUCACAUCUAGUUCUGGAAAUCAAGUUGAUUCAGUCGAAGUUUAUGAAUGUUCAAAUGGAACCACUAGGAAUGAGAUACAUCUUUCUACUGCUCUAUCAUCAAGUUCUAAAUCACUGGAGGGUGAAAUCCCACCAGGAACUUCUACUUUGUUACAGUCACCAGCUCAAAAACCUGCGGCAUCCAUUCAUUUGCAUCAAAUGAGAGAAUCACAUAAAUCCAUCCUUGGUAAGAAGCCUAGCACAUCAACUGGGCAUACAUCAAGGGAUGGAAAUAAUGAUCUUGGUGUAAGUAUUGGCCAUCAUCCAACAUAUCAGCAUCAAUCCCAAUCUUCUCAAGCACAGAACAAGCUUCAUUCUAACUUUAACGUGGGUGAUAAUAGUGGGAAGUCAGGCAAUCAAUAUAAGGUAAAACAACAUCAACAGUAUCUAAAGAAGACAAAUAUUCUAUCUAGUUCUGCAAACAAUGAAAUAUAUUUAGGAUUUCCUGGUAAUUCUAAAGGAAGUAUUUUGGGACAUCCAAGUCGAUCUAUGUCAUCAUCACCAUGUUCUGAAUCACUGGGUGGGACAGAGGCAAAUCCUUUGUCCCCCCUGACAUCAGUAGGGCAAAAACCUGUAAUUCCUACUGAUUUGCAUCAACUGGGAACAGAGUUCAUCUUUGGUAAGAAGCCUAGAGGUGAAUGCAUGCCAAAAAAUGGAACAUUUUGUUUUGGUGCUAGUGAUGGCCAUUAUGAUCCAACAUAUCAGCUAACCCUGUCUUCUAUGUUGCUGAAACAAGACAAUCCAGGUCCUCACUGUCGUAGUGCAUUUGGUCAGCCUUGCUCAAUAACUACAGAUGUUGACAUCUCAAUCCUGCCAUCAGCAGGAAAUAAUGGGUUUCCUUCUUCACAACGACAAACAUGGCCAAGUGGUUCAACCUUUAAAGAUCUUGCUGAUAUUUGUUCUGCUAUCAGUAAGCUGACUAUUUCUGAAUGCCCACAAGGAACUGGUGAUGCCAGGCCUUUGUCUCAAGUUGCGCCUAGUGUUUCUGGACACCCUAGAGGUGUUCACGAGAUCGGAUCCUCUCCACAUCCUAUUCCUAACAUCAGCUUCCAUCCAAAUCAUUCUAAUGCUUAUCCAAGUGUCCAACCUCCUCCAGGUGAUAAUACUUGCAGACCUCCUACACCUAAUCUGUCCUGCAACAUUCAAAAGCCUGGAAAUAAUGGAGAGACGCAAGGAUCUCCACCAAAUUCCUCUAAGCCUGAAGGUACUAUAAGAACUGUGCUGCACGCUUUGGAUAUACUGAAGACUGAAAAGAUGUACCCAACAGAAUCAAAUAUUGCAGACUGUAUACGCUAUGGAGAAAUGAAUUUUCCUGGUUUUGAUGUUAAGAAAGCUCUUGAACUUUCCAUGCGACAUCAAGCGGUCAUUAUGAAGAAGUUAGUAAAUGAUAUGCCUUUAUUCAUUGCAAAAGAUGAAAGCCUCUGGAAAUGUGUGGAUGUAACAAAUAGCAAUGCUAAGCGUCCCAAAGCACUAGAGACAGUUCGUAAGUUCUUAUCAUCCCUCGGUGGCCAUUCAGCAAUAAAGAACUCCGAGUCAAGGUACCAAGCUGCAACCAUAUUGAGGAAAUUCUGCUUGCAGCAGCAUGCCCUUGGCGAUGUCCUCCAGAUUUUGCAUAUUAUAAUUGUCAGAAAGAAGUGGAUUGUGCCUCAUUCUUCAGGCUGGCAGCCGUUGUGCUUCAACACAAUAGUCAUUGAUGCAGCUAGUGAUGCUAUUGGAGAAGUCACGUCUUGAUUCUUAUGCUCUGCUCUUGUGGAAUGGACAUUUUGGCGCGCUGGUGAGGGGCGACUACAAAAUAUCUUCAACAUCUACAUUCAUCUGUUCUUUGGACAUGGCAUGUUGGCUUUUGACAUUCCAUUGCAAGCAAUAAGAUUCCGCAAUAUAGGAGUAGUUUAGAUACAUGUUAUUAGUUAUAAUCAUGGGAGUUUGGUUGUUAGUCCCAAAGAGGGCUGUGAAUAUCCUGUUGGUUUCAUUCCAAGUAAGGGGAAGAACCGCACGGUCACAGUUUCCAUAUGCAUUGGAAGACAUAGUCUGGCAAUUCGGCCAGCAAAUUUGAUUUUGUUCUGUGGUCACCAAGUCAGAGGAGCACAGGAGGGUUUUGUCUUCCUUCUGAGCAGAGGUUGUUGAAGUGGAUUAAUGUGAGCACCGUUAGUUGGUUGCACAACUGCAUGGAAGCGGCAAUGCUUAAACCACUGAAAUUCCAGUGGUUUAUUUCCUGGACCCUCCUCUUAUUGCAUGGUAAGCUGCAGUAGAUGAAGUCAGUUGCUGCUUUAGAAGCCUUGGAUCUUCCUUGUCAUUCAAGGUUUAUAAUUCGUUACGAGAUGCCUUUGUUACGUCUGAAGCUCAAUGAGGCAGCGACUCACUAAUGGGUUAGCGAAGCAAUUGGCCCUGAGGCAGGUCUGUCUAACGCAUUCAGAGCUGCUACCCUGGUUUUGGAUUCGUUUCAGUGCUUGCCAGAAGUUAUUAUCGAUCAUGUUUGCAUGUAUGAUUUUCUUUCCUGUUCUUUAUCUGCCCUGUGCACUUUUGUCAGAUGUUGCUCGUAAGAUUCUGUUUGAUGCUUUUGGUUACUGAACCCAUUGUUGUUCUA